AUGAUUUUUGGAUUAAAAGCUCAAUAUGGAAAUAGUUUAUGUUCAAAAAAAGAAUUAAUUGCUGAAAGUAUUAAAUAUUAUGAAAAAGCUAUUGAAUUAGAUCCACAUGAUGAUACAGCACAUCUUUAUUGUGCUUUAGAAUAUGCUAAUUCCAGAGAUUUUGAAAGAGCAAAAGAAUAUUGUCAAACAGCCUUGAGUCUUAAUACAGAAAAUCCUUUUGCAAUAAUGUUACUGGCAUUAAUUUUUACUGCAAGAAAAGAUUACAAAGGAGCAUUGGAACUUGUAAUAAAUGCUCUAAAUGAUUUCCCUUCGCAUUAUGGCCUUUUAGUUUUGAGGUUAAAAUUAGAAGCAAGAUAUGGGCGAGUAGAAGAAGCUUUACAAACUUCACAUAAUUUAAUUUGUUUUUGGAGAAAAAAUAGAUCAGCAACUGAUCCUUGUGAUGAUGAACAAAAUAGUAGAUUAAAUGGAGAUAUUAAUAAAAUGACGGCAAGCAAAGAAGCAAUAGUUCCGUUAACACCUCUUUUAAUCGCUCCAUUAGGUAUUACAGCAACACCGGGACCUUCUACACAUUUAAUUGCUUCGAAUGUUGAAGGGACACCAUAUCCAUCUAUAGAUAAUCUCUCAACAAUCGGUCCUCCAACAAAUACUUCUGACGGAGGUGGACCAGCAUCAACAGACUCUUUGAGUGUAUUAUCUUCUUCUAGCAAGUCUUGGAUUAAUUUUUCUGCUGAUAUUUGGGUGGAAUUGGCAGAAUUUUUUAUAGAAAUUGAACGGAUGAAUGAUGUUCAAGCUUGUGUUGAAGAAGCUUGUAUGAUUUAUCCAAACUCUUAUCAGGCGCUUUAUUUAAAGGGGCAUCUUUAUUUUAAAAGAGCAGAGAAAUGUGCCCAAACUGAUCUAAAUUUAAGCAAAAAAUUAAUGGCAGAGGCAAAGAAUUUUGUUCUUGGAGCAAUUUCUAUAUGUACGGAACAUGUACUUUCAAUAGCUUGUUUGGGAAGAAUUUAUCAUUUUGAAGGAUAUUUAAAAAUGGCUGAGAAAAUGUUUAGAGAUGCAACUUCAAUUGAACCUUAUGAUGCUCGGAAUUGGCACCAACUUGGAUGUGUUUUAUCUGAACUUGGAAGGAGUAAUGAGGCAUUAGAAUGUUUUGAAACGGCUUCAAGUUUAGAAGUAAAUACACCGCUUAUUCCUUUUCAAGUAAUACCUAGGUUGUUAAGUUUCUUUUAA